UCUUGUUGGCCAGAUAAAGUCUAAAAUGUCACAGACAUGGACACUUUUUUUGUAGUCUGAGUGAGGCCUCCUGCUCCUCAUGGAUGCACAGUAAGCUCUGUUCAUAUCAGAUCUAAUUAAGGAUGAAGCUCAGACAAAAGCAACUCAAACCAAACUGCCUUCAGUAACAGAACUGUCAUUACGGUUUCUGUGAAACCUUCAGCAAAGAUUUCAAACUGAUUACUUUUCUGAUUUUGCGAAACUUCCCCAAAAAGACUUCUUUGGUUGUUUCCUUCCUUUUGAAACCUCAGCCUCACUUCCCUGAGCGUGGGGUUGUAUGUAUGAUCGUCUCCGAGUGAAGGUCCAGGCGAAGGUAGAUAUAUCUUAUGUAUUUUAUUGAUUAAGAAUGGAGGAACCUGCAGAAGAGAAGCAGAUGGGCCCCUCAACCCAGGAAACUUCAUCAGAGGAGGAGCUUGUCAUGCUGCGGACAGAGUUUGUGUGGCGGGUGUCACAAGAAAUACUUAUACAACUUCUUGAGGCCCUUGUAAGAGAUGGUGUUCUGAAUGAGUUGGAGAAAGAGUCAGUAUUGGAGGACAACCCAGCCAGAGCAGAUAAGGCACGCUGCUUCAUUGACACAGUGAGGAAAAAAGGAGGCAAAGCCUGCAGGAUAAUGAUCAGACAUCUACAGACCAUAGAUCCAACUCUCUUCUCUCUGCUGCAUUCAUCCUCAGAUCAGUCUGAGCAGGACUCUCCUCAAAAGUGUCAGUCUAAACUUAAAUCUGCUCUGAAGAAGAAGUUCCAGUGUGUGUUUGAGGGCAUCGCUAAAGCAGGAAACCCAACCCUUCUGAAUCAGAUCUACACAGAGCUCUACAUCACAGAGGGAGGGACUGCAGAGGUCAAUGCUGAACAUGAGGUCAGACAGUUUGAAACAGCAUCCAGGAAACCAGACAGACCAGAAACAACAAUCAGACAAGAAGACAUCUUUAAAGGCUCACCUGGAAGAGAUGAACCAAUCAGAACAGUGCUGACAAAGGGAGUGGCUGGCAUUGGGAAAACCAUCUUAGUACAGAAGUUCACUCUGGACUGGGCUGAAGACAAAGCCAACCAGGACAUCCAGUUCAUGUUUCCAUUCACUUUCAGAGAGCUGAAUGUGCUGAAAGAGGAAAAGUUCAGCUUGGUGGAACUUGUUCAUCACUUCUUUACUGAAACCAAAGAAGCAGGAAUCUGCAGCUUUGAAGACUUCCAGGUUGUGUUCAUCUUUGAUGGUCUGGAUGAGUGUCGACUUCCUCUAAAGUUUCACAAAACCACAAUCAUAACAGACACCAGAAAGUCCACCUCAGUGGAUGUGCUGCUGAUAAACCUCAUUAGGGGGAACCUGCUUCCCUCUGCUCAUGUCUGGAUAACCACACGACCUGCAGCAGCCAAUCAGAUCCCUGCUGAGUAUGUUGGCAUGGUGACAGAGGUCAGAGGGUUCACUGACUCACAGAAGGAGGAGUACUUCAGGAAGAGAUUCAGAGAUGAGGAGCAGGCCAGCAGGAUCAUCUCCCACAUCAAGACAUCACGAAGCCUCCACAUCAUGUGCCACAUCCCAGUCUUCUGCUGGAUCACUGCUACAGUUCUGGAGUGUAUUAUAAGAAACUGCGAGGACAGAGAUUUGCCUAAAAGCCUCACAGAGUUGUACCUACGUCUUGUGGUGAUAAACUUUAAAAUAAAGAACAUAAAAUACAGUGAAGGAUGUGAGACAGAUCCACACUGGAGUCCAGAGAGCAGGAAGAUGAUUGAGUCUCUGGGAAAACUGGCUUUUGAUCAGCUGCAGAAAGGAAACCUGAUCUUCUAUGAAUCAGACCUCACCGAGUGUGAUAUCAACAUCAAGGAUGCAGCAGUGUACUCAGGAGUGUUCACGCAGAUCUUUAAAGCAGAUGAGUACGACACAUUCAGAGACACAGUUUACUGUUUUGUCCAUCUGAGUGUUCAGGAGUUUCUGGCUGCCCUUCAUGUCCAUCUGACCUUCAUCAACUCUGGAGUCAAUCUGCUGGAAGAAAAGAAAUCUUGGUCAUUUAAACUCUUAGGAAUGAAAUACAAACAAAGAGGCUUUUACCAGAGUGCUGUGAACAAGGCCUUACAGAGUCCAAAUGGACACCUGGACUUGUUCCUCCGCUUCCUCCUGGGUCUUUCACUGCAGACCAAUCAGACUCUCCUACGAGGGCUUCUUAAACAUACAGGAAGUAGCUCACAGACCAAUCAGGAAACAGUCCAGUACAUCAAGAAGAAGCUCAAUGAGAAUCUGUCUGCAGAGAAAAGCAUCAACCUCUUCCACUGUCUGAAUGAACUGAAUGAUCGUUCUCUAGUGGAGGAGAUCCAACAGUCCCUGAGUUCAGGAAGUCUCUCCACAGAUAAACUGUCUCCUGCUCAGUGGUCAGCUCUGGUCUUCAUCUUACUGUCAUCAGAAGAAGAUCUGGAUGUAUUUGACCUGAAGAAAUAUUCUGCUUCAGAGGAGGCUCUGCUGAGGCUGCUGCCAGUGGUCAAAGCCUCCAACAAAGCUCUACUCAAAGACUGUCAGCUCUCAGAGAAAAGUUGUGAAGCUCUGUCUUCAGUUGUUAGCUCCCAGUCCAACAAUCUGAGAGAGCUGGACCUGAGUAACAAUGACCUGCAGGACUCAGGAGUGAAGCUGUUGUCUGUUGGAUUGAAGAGUCCACAAUGGAAACUGGAAACUCUCAGUCUGUCAGGCUGCCUGAUCACAGAGCGAGGUUGUACUUAUCUGGCUUCAGCUCUGAGCUCCAACCCCUCCCAUUUGAAAGAACUGGACUUGAGCUAUAAUCAUCCAGGAGAUUCUGGAACGCAGAUGCUGUUGGCAGGACUAACGGAUCCAAGCUGGAGACUGGAUACACUCAGGGUGGAGCCUGCUGGAGUCCGAUGGUUGAGACCAGGUCUGAGGAAGUAUUCCUGUCGACUCACAAUCGACACAAACACAGUACACGCAAAGCUUAAACUGUCUGACAACAACAGGAAGGUGACACGUGCACUGGGAGAGGUUCAUUCAUAUCCUGAUCAUCCAGACAGAUUUUACUUUUACCCUCAGCUGCUGUGUAGAGAUGGUCUGACUGGUCGCUGUUACUGGGAGGUCGAGUGUAAAGGAGCCGUUAAUAUAGCAGUGAUUUACAAACGUGGAAGGAUACGAGAUAAUUUGGAAUAUGUGUUUGGAGUGAAUGACCAGUCUUGGAGUCUGUUCUUCUCCAAUGAUGCUCCUCGUUCUGUCUGUCAUGAUAACAGAGAAACACCCAUCUCCUCCUCCUCCUCUGUCUCUAACAGAGUAGCAGUGUAUGUGGACUUUCCUGCUGGCACUCUGUCCUUCUACAGAGUCUCCUCUGACACUCUGAUCCACCUCCACACCUUCAACACCACAUUCACUGAACCUCUUUAUCCUGGAUUUACAGUCUGGCAUCCUGAUUCCUCAGUGGGUCUGUGUGGAGUUAAUGUAAAUGUAAAGCGUGCCCUCUUCUCAGAGAAACUCUGACUGUUAUGUCUGCACAUUUGCACAGUUCUGUCGAUCCAAAAUGGCGCCACUGUGCACGGCGAGCCGUCUUCGUCUCUCUGGGCUCAUUUAUUU